AUGGCUCCUCAUCCCUUGGGUGUACCCCCUGUCCAAAUGACGCACAAGAUCGAGCAGCCCUUCCCGGGAGCCUCAGAUAACGAAGUCCCCUGUGCCGGGUCCGAUGCAUCUAGCCCCGCGACUCGCCCAUUGAGGGGUGGCGGCGGGGAGGCAGAAGGCGGCAGCUGUCGAGGGGCCGCGAGGAAGCUCCGCGCGCGGCGCGGAGGACGAAGCCGACCCAAGAGCGAGUUGGCGCUGAGCAAGCAGCGACGGAGCCGACGCAAGAAGGCCAACGACCGCGAGCGCAAUCGCAUGCACAACCUCAACUCGGCCCUCGACGCGCUGCGCGGCGUCCUGCCCACCUUCCCCGACGACGCGAAGCUCACCAAGAUAGAGACGCUGCGCUUCGCCCACAACUACAUCUGGGCCCUGACUCAGACGCUGCGCAUAGCGGAUCACAGCUUCUAUGGGUCAGAGCCCUCUGCGGAGCUAAGCACCCCUGAUGACGGCUCCCCGGGAGACUGGAGUUCCCUCUACUCCCCAGUUUCCCAGGCUGGAAGCCUGAGUCCCAUCGCUUCUCGGGAGGAGCGCCCUGGGCUUCGGGUGCCCACCUCCCCGAGCUAUUCCCACCCUGGCGCCCUGGCUUUCUCUGACUUCUUGUGA